AUGACAAAUUCAGGAAGAGGCUCAUUGUCACUCAACAAGGGCUGUGCCCCUAAUGCCUCACAUUCUCUCAUCUUGUUGCUUCUUGGGUUCUCAAGAGCUAGAGUGCCCCCCAGUGUCCUCUUUCUCCUGUUCCUGGCUAUUUAUCUGACCACCAUGAUGGGAAACGUUACUCUUGUGCUGCUCAUCUCCCAGGACCCCAGGCUCCACUCACCUAUGUACUAUCUGCUCCAUGGUCUCUCCGUGAUAGACAUGGGGCUGUCCACAGUCAGUCUGCCCCAGUUGCUGGCCCAUCUGGUCACUCAUGACCCAGCCAUUCCUGCUGCCCUCUGUCUGGCCCAGUUCUUCUUCUUCUAUGCAUUUGGAGUUACAGACACCCUUGUUAUUUCUGUCAUGGCUCUGGAUCACUACGUGGCCAUCUGUGACCCUCUGCACUACCGUUUGGUGAUGAAUCGCCAACUGUACUUCCAGCCUCCUUCCCAGAACUCUUGGGAUCAGGACAUGGUGGCUGCUGUGAUGUACACGGCCAUUACGCCUUUGGCCCACCCUUUUGUGUACAGCAUCCACAACAAGGAUGUCAAGAGUGCACUCCAUAGGCUGCUUAGAGGAGGGAGGGUGGGCUCCUGA